AUGAGCUUGAAAACGAUUUUCCCUGAAGAUGCCGAGGUGCCUGCGGAGUCAGAGUUAGAGACCGGUCUCAACUUUGGAAAGCUAAGUAAGGUGCUUAAGGGCUACCUAUACUACUUUAAUCUUGCUCCGGGCAAGGCGGUGCCGAAGAUCAAACUAUUUGUUCCUACCCGGUACUAUGGAGGCAAUGACCCAGUGCUUGGACGUCCACUGACCGGGUGGAUGGAGGCGAAUGGACGAGGGUCGCACUGUAAUGGCUAUCCUGGGAUGCUAGAGAGCCUGGCUGGACAUCUAACAUUGGAUCAGGGCAAGGGUUUGCAGACGUACGUUAGCUGCUUGUUCAAGGAGGGUGAAUUGGAUAUUGCAACGUACCUCAGAGCCGAGGCAUUUCAUCCAGGGCGCCUUGCAUCUACAGUUGGGCCCUGGUUAACCAAGUCGCCGACUCUGCGCCUUGAGUACUGGUACUAA